UCAGAACAUGACCGACAUGACACACUCAUAUGAACAUGAAUAUAUUCUUAAUACGGCCAUUAACUCGUAAUCGUAAUCUAAAUAAGUCGGCAAAUAUUACUGUGACAAUAAAGAAAAGUGUAAUUAGUAAACCGAACUUAGCAAAUCACAGCAGAGGAGCGAUGCUGCGUUUGUGGACCUUUGUAGUUUUUGCUAGCUUAUACAGCGUAAGCGUGGCCGGGCAAUGCACAUCAUACGGGCGCUUCCCCAACGACGCCGUCCCUGACUGCCGGGGCUACGUCAUGUGCAUCGACCGCGGCGGGGGCAGCUUCACCCAGUACAACCUCACCUGCCCCUCUAGCUUCAUCUUCAGCCCCGUCGAGCACGUCUGCACCAACGUCACCACAUACGCAUGCCUCAACAGACCGAUACAAUACCACUGCAACGCAACAGGAAUGUUCCCCAAUCCUUUAACAAAGGACUGUCUGAGCUACAUCGCAUGUUUGGAAAGCCUGAACAGCACGAUCGUGCCUCGAUUGUACUCGUGUCCUCCAGCUACGCUUUUCAAUGCAGCUACUGGACUGUGUGUGAGUGAGACAGAGUUCCAAUGUGUGGUUGAAGAGGAAACUGCGCCGGAUGCGUUGGACAUACUGCUGGAGACGACGAAUAAACAAGGCGGUGCGAGUGUCAACAGUAAGAAUAACAAAGGGAUUUAUAUUGGUGCGGAAUGCUUUAUUGUUGUCGGUUUACUGGGUUUUGUAACUUUGUUUAGAUGAGUAAGGAAUUAAAUAUAUGCCUACGAUUAAAUAAAGAAAAGUG